AUGACUGCCCUCCAAAGACCCUCGCCCGCGCCCACUCCCGCGUCCGCCUCCGCGUCCAACGAGCCUGGACUCGCUUUCGCCCACUGCCGCCGCCGCCGCUGCUGCACCUCCUCGUGCGCCCGCCCGCCCCGCGCUGCCUCGUCCGCGCCGCUCCCCAGCAUGCCGACAACCACGUCGCGCACCUACACGCCCUUGCCCUCGUUCGGCGCCGUCUUCGGGGCGACAGACCGCGACACCGCCACGACCGCACAUGGCAACAAUGUAGCCCACCGCACCUCGACCGCAAACACAGCACACGGCGCCCCCUUCUCGUCCUUCCACAACCACCACGACUCCCGCGACUCCAACUCGACCGCCUCCUCGGACAACUCGCCCACCACCACCAUCUCCACCAUGGACUCGUCCUCUGUCACCGAUCCCUCGCCCGGGCCCUCGCCCGAGUCGCCCAUGGCCAAGAUUGCGAACCACUCCUUCGCCGCCGACUUCCGGGCACGGCGGCCAGAGACGUCCGACGGCGUGUCGACCGGCCACAACUUCUUCGAACUGGCACGGCCGUCCACGCCUGCGAAAAAGGCGCGGAACCUGAAGAACCUCGGCAUCAACACAACCACUUCGCUCACCAACCUGCGCGCUCACGCACCCGCUGCGCCUGCAGUGCAGCCCAGCAACGACAAGAACAGCUCUGCGCCGCCUUCGCCCCUCUUCAUCAAGCCGCCCACCCCACCACGGAGGCGGCCGUCCAACUUGAGCUUGACAAUAGCAACCCCAGGCAUCAACGACAACAAGCCCACAAGACUCGUCAUUCCUUCGACGCCCUCCCUCAGCCGCCCCGCGCUACGCCACUUCCAGUCGUCGCCUUCGCUGCCGCUCUGUUCGCCGAGCGUUGCACCAGCCGGUGGCAUGAAGUUCCCUGCCCUGCGCCCACUCGUGACCAAGAGCAGCGGCUUGUCCGAAGUGCCCUUUGAGAUGACGGAAGAGGAAGAGGAGGAGCCCAAUUUCGACAUCCCGCAAUCAAAGGAGGAGAAGCCUGCUGCAUACCCCAACGGACCCAUCUGCAUAUACCCCGCUGGAGUCUACCUCUACUUUGAACCGACCGCCGAGCAAGCUGCGUCUUUUGACGUCAUUGUCAACGUCGCUAGCGAAGUCCAGAACCCCUUUACAGCGCAGCCCUCUGAGUCGCAGAAGGACCUCAAUGCCAGGAGAGUGGACGGCCCGGCUGCGGAGAAUGUUGACUUUGCCGCCCUGUCGCAGCAGCCAAAGUCUACGUUUGGCUUUGGCAGCGACUCGCCGACCACACCCAAGGCUACACCACCAGUCCUGCAGACGAUACAGCCUGGCGAGAUGGUAAUCGAUGGCAGGACCCACCGCACACCCGAGUACAUCCACAUGCCUUGGGAGCACAACACCGACAUCGUCCCGGAUCUGUACAAGCUCGUCAAGAUCAUGGACGACCGAGUCAAGCAGGGGAAGCGCGUUCUCGUGCAUUGCCAGUGCGGUGUCAGCCGCUCUGCCAGUCUCGUCGUCGCCUACGGUUUGUACAAGGAGCCUGAGAUCAGCGUCCAGGAAGCCUACGACAAGGCCAAGAAGCGAAGCAAGUGGAUCGGGCCUAACAUGAACCUCAUCAUGCAGCUUCAAGAGUUCCGCAACGGCCUCGUCAGGCAGAACCAGAACAGCCGCACACAAAACUACGGUGGCGGGCGAAGAAACGGCUUCCCCUCGUCGUCCAAUGCAAACAACAGGUUCUCAUGUCCGAACCCGGAAAGGGACGAUGCUUCUGGAUCCCGCACGCCCCAGACCGCACCCUUACCACCAGACAAUGACUUUACGAUGCAGCGCGCGAGUACGGGCAACAUGAUGGCCAUUUCUCCAGGGCCGCUCUCUGCGCCGAGCGGUGCGUUCGCAGCGCGAUUCCGCAACUCUUGGGAUUCGAGCCAGUCCAGCUUGGACCUUCCUGCCAACUCCACGCCCACUACGACGCCCUAUGUCGACCCCAAGGGUCACGUCGUGCCUGUUGUCCAAGUCCAGGUCAACGGUUCCGCCUUGGCGUCACCAUCCGUCCCUAAAGUCGUGCAACCUGCGCCAGAGCCUGUGCUGAAGGCGCUCUCGGUCCCCAAUUUCUCGCGUCAGCUAUCACUGCGAUCCUACUCGGAUGCUCCUGUAGAGCGGUCGAUUGAGACGAAGAGCACACACCUGGCGCCGUUGGAGCCCAUGGGCUUUGCGCCUCUGAAGUCUCCUGCCGCUCUGACUUUCAACAUUGCAUCGUACAGCACGCAGCAAGACCAGGACGAUGACUACGAGAUCAAGUCUCCAGUGAAGACGUCGUUUGACCUGCCGUGGCCUUCCGAGUACGACGAACCCGCCCCAUCGCUCUCCGCGUCCAGUCAGCCGUCACACCUUGCAUCUUUCGCUACGACUGACGGCUCAGACGCUGCAGCGACUUCGACCGACUUUGCUUCUCCCACGUUUGGUGCUUUCCCCGAGAAUGCAUUUGGCUCUAGCGCUGUUGCAGAACCAGAGCUGAAGUCGCCCAGAGCUGUUGCAGAACCAGAGCUGAAGUCGCCCAGAGCUGCAGAGUUCCACAUGGCUCCGCUCAGGCCCAGGACCGACGACGAAGAUCCGUUUGGUCUCACAUCACCCACCAGGAGGGACUUCUCGUCAGGCAACUCAUUCGACAAGCUGGCAAGCGCCUCGAGCUCUCUGCACUCCAGCGACAACCAACGCCCGGCCUUUCAAGCCAUUCUUCCCCCUGCGCACCAGAACUUUAGUGGCUUUGCUUCGCUCGAUGGCCAUGCACGCACGCCAUCAACACACACGCUGGAGCAGGCUCCAAUGCAAGCACCUCCACCGAGGCGGAAGCUCAACAUUGACUCGCGCAUCGAACAUCUGAGCACGUCUCCGGAAACAAACGUAAUCGCUGCGACACCAACGCAAGCGACCAGCGACGUGUCACCGCCAUCGAGACCCGAGACGCCGCGAAUGAAGGAAUUUCUAGCGACGCCUGCGAAAUCGAUCCGCACACGAUUCUCCUCACCAAACAUUAAAGCGCAAAGGCAGUUGUCAAAGCUCCAGUCCGAGAUGGAGUCCAAGCUCGCGAACAGACCCGAGAGGCCCCAGCAAGCGAUGGACGACCUGGAUGCGUUGAUGUCGCCUCGCGCAGAAGAGUUCACAAGGAAUCCAUUCCACCUCGACCUGACCUCGCCGACUGACGGCAUCAGCCCAGCCUCGUCGGACGAGACCAUCAAAGAUGAAAAGAACAGUCACAGUUGGAGCGAGCCAUUGCGGCAGUGGACACCGGAGAAACUCACAGUCGACCCUCGAAGUCCAGCACAACUCGGCAGCAGUCCCAUUGUACGAAACAUCUGGGAUGUGUUAUGA